AUGGUGCUCAAGUAUUACAGUGAUGGGGCAACGUGUGGCUUCUCAUCUGCUUCCGUGAGAGACAACCGGACGAUCAUCCAGCUGACGGGUAGCAGCCCAGCCGAAGAUGGCUUAGACCUGGGGCUCAGACACUUAGGCCAGGCCUACACUACAGACCUGCGUCGCUGUGAAAAAUCCACCUCCCUGAGCGACAUCGUUAUACCGACCGUAUGGACAGCGCUGUGUCGAUGGGCCAGCUUCUCCCACUGGCAUCGCUGCCGCCUCCGGGGAGGCAACGCCUCUGAUUCUGCUCCCUUGUCGUUCCCAGAGGUGCGGCUGGUCAAUGGGCGCAGCCGGUGCCAGGGGCGUGUGGAGAUCUUCUACAAUGGCUCCUGGGGGACGGUGUGCGACGACGACUGGGACCUAGUGGACGCCAACGUGGUGUGCCACCAGCUGGGCUGCGGCCAUGCCCUCGCCACGCCGGCCACCCUGACCUUCGGUCACGGGCGGGGGCCCAUCUUCUUGGACAACGUGGACUGCCAAGGGAGGGAGGUGGCCCUGAGUGAGUGCGGGAGCCGUGGCUGGGGCAUCCACAACUGUUACCACUAUGAGGAUGUGGCCGUCACGUGUAACGGCGAUGGCAGCGUUCGGCUGGUGAGCGGCGCCGACCCCUGCCGGGGCAGGGUGGAGAUAUUCUACCAAGGGACCUGGGGCACGGUGUGCGACGACGACUGGGGCAUGAGCGACGCCAGCGUGGUGUGCAGGCAGGCGGGCUGCGGCCGCGCAGUGGCACACAAGAGCAACGCCUACUUCGGCUACGGCACGGGGCGCAUCCUGCUGGACAACGUGAACUGCGAGGGCAGCGAGCCCCGCCUCUCGGCCUGCUACAGCCUGGGCUGGGGGAUCCACAACUGCGGGCACCACGAGGACGCGGGGGUCAUCUGCACAGGGCUGCGGGUUUCAACGGUGGCACCAUUCACCACCUUGGCUGCCCGGGUCUACGGAGAGUCAUUCACUGCCACUGCCACAGUGACGGACGCCGGAGAUCAGCCCUCGCCGGAGACUGAAGUGAUCACAGCGGCCCUUCUGGCCAUGGGCAAGAGAAGUGGCAGCAUCCGGCUGGCGAACGGGAACAGCAGCUGCCAGGGCCGGGUGGAGGUUCUGUACCAAGGCACCUGGGGCACGGUGUGUGACGACGACUGGGGUUUCACCAACGCCCAGGUGGUCUGCCGGCAGAUGGGCUGCGGGGGGGCGGUGGCGGCCACCGUCCUGGGCUCUUUUGGUUACGGCACCGGGCCCAUCCUUCUGGACAACGUGGAUUGUGCCGGCCGGGAGGCUGACCUGGCGAAUUGCUUUCAUCUGGGCUGGGGGCAGCACAACUGUGGGCACCAUGAGGACGCCGGCGUCAUCUGCAGAGGUGAGAUACGUGUGGGUGUGCUGUUCAGACGCCAGGGCCUCCGGCUGCCCCGGGUCCCCUCACCCUGCGCUGUCCCGCCCCCCGCAGGAUUCCUGCGCCUCGUGAACGGCAGCCACCGCUGCGAGGGCCGCGUGGAGCUGUUCUACCUGUCCCAGUGGGGGACCGUGUGCGACGACGCCUGGGACCUCCGGGACGUCGCGGUGGUGUGCCGGCAGCUGGGCUGCGGGGGCGCCCGGGCCGCCUGGGGGGAGGCGCGCUACGGCCCAGGCACCGGCUACAUCUUCCUCGACAACCUCAAGUGCAAAGGCGACGAGCCCUCCCUGCUGCGCUGCUCCCACAUCCGCUGGAACGUGCACAACUGCGACCACUCGGAAGACGCCGGCGCCCUCUGCGGGCUGCUAUGA